AUGGUCGUGACUGGUGCCAAGUCGGAGGACGACUCCAAGCUGGCCAGCCGCAAGUAUGCGCGCAUCAUCCAGAAGCUGGGCUUCAACGCCAAGUUCACCGACUUUAAGAUCCAGAACAUUGUCGGCUCGUGCGACAUCAAGUUCCCCAUCCGCCUGGAGGGUCUGGCCUCGCGCCAUCACAACUUCAGCUCCUACGAGCCGGAGCUGUUCCCCGGUCUGAUCUACCGCAUGAUCAAGCCCAAGAUUGUGCUCCUGAUCUUUGUCAGCGGCAAGAUCGUCCUCACGGGCGCAAAGGUCCGCGAGGAAAUCUACACGGCAUUCGAGAUGAUCUAUCCCGUGCUGCAGGAUUUCCGCAAGGUCUAA